CUGCAACCCGUUUUAGAAGCAAGUCGGAGCAAAUAGUUGGCAAUAGCUCUGUCUUCACAACGUUUGUCGGUUACUAUCUCUUCUAUCUUCGUUUUUACAACACAAGCAGCACAGAGUCGCAGAACAGCAAGAAAGAAACUCACCUAUGGCCUCGCCCUGUCGUCGUCCAAAAGCGUAUAAUUUCACCGCUAGAACUCGGUCGUCAAAAAAUAACCCGAUGAAGCUCCUCCGUUCGAGUUUCCUUGCUUCCUGCCCCGGGGUGGUUUUCUUACAGCACAGCAAUUAUGUCACGACUGUGGUAAACGCCGCGGUGACCACACCGCCCAUUACGACCACGGAUAAGAAAAAACUAGACUUGGACAAGGUCGGAUUAAGCCCUGACAAAGCGAAAAUGGUUAGGGAGUUGGAAGAUGAGGAGGAAGAGGACAUCAAAAAACAACCCACCGAGCGCAAAAUGUACUCGUCCAAGCGGCAGGGGAAGGCUAUGGUCGGCAAGGAAACAGACCCCAGCUCGGAGGAGUAUGGGACUCUCAAUUGUUACAUUCUCAACUGUUACAUGAAUUUGUAAUGCAAGCAUAGCGAAACCGAAAGUCAAAGGGGGAGCGGGAGGAUUGCACCUCUAGCAUUACAAAUUCCGCACAGAUUUCAAUGCUGUUUAGCCCUUCGGAAAUUUGUCAUGCGAAGUCGCUGCACCGUGUGGAUGUUGAUGUUGGUUUUGCAUGACAAAUCGUGUAACAGUUGAGAGUGUAGCGCUUGAGAACGCCACAAGGAAAAUGAAGAAGCCGAUCGGACCAGCCGGAAGGGGUCACUGGCACGAAAAUUGCCGAAAGAAGAAGAGCACGAGUGGGAUGAGAAAAACCCGGAGCCGGUAUUCCGAGUAAAAACGUCCCCAUUCAGAGUUGUCAUGCAAAUCUGCAUGCCAAAAAAUUUUCUCAUGCGAAGCCCCAUGAGAAGCUUUUUCUAGUCGUCUUUUGGGAUUUGUGAUGUUAGAAAUAGCAUGAUAUGCUAGAUCUGUCAUCCUGCUGAAGUAGAACUACACUUCACUGCGAGGACCAACUUGUCAUGCGAAACAACCAAAGCUGUUUGAUUCGUCUAGCAGCAUUCCCAUCUUGACUCUGGUGUGGGGACGUUUUUCCUCAGGAUAGCCGGAGAUUUUCCGCUGGGUUUUGAAGCCGGAAUUCAGCUACUUGAAUCUGAUAUGCAUUGCAAAUAUUAUGUCUGGGUCGGGAAGGAAAUGCGGAUUUGUGAUGCUAGUUCUGGAGGGCACAAAGGUUUGUGUUGCAUCAGAGCACCAGUAGUUUCUUAAAUUUCUUGCGACGAAAUAAAGUGCGAAUCUCUCAUGCGGGAACGGCAUUGGAAAGCAUGUCGCGCAGAACUUGUAAUGCUUUGCUCCGCAUUCCAGACCAUUUUUUUUUAUGUAGUCCAGGAGAUGCAUGACAGACUCCAGACCUCCCAGACAUGUCUGUAUUUGAUAUCUGACCAGCCAGGAGUUUAUCUACAGCUUCCCGAAGCCGGGCGUCGUUUUGGACUUUGACAUCGUCACGGAGGACAUGGUAUGCUCUGCAAAAGUAAAUCGUACUAGUGGAAAUCGCACGACAAAUUCCCUCUGCAUGAGAAAUAGAAUUUCUAAUGCGGAUUUCCGUUUAGGUUUAGAGUUGUCAUGCACGAUUGCGAUUCCUACGAGUGCGAUGCUUUUGCAAUUCAUACAUGUUGGACAAGAAGGACGCGGACAAAAUCCUCCCCAACGAGUUAACCGCCGAUGUGUUCGAAAAUUUGAUCAAGAACGGGCACUAUUUCGCGGUUCGGAAGUUCGCCCACUCCUUUCCGGAGAUCAAAUACCACUGGAAUACGUAUGAAAGUGCACAACUCCCCUUCUCCUCAUUUGUGUUGCAUGAACAGCAAUACAAACGCCAGCGACCCUAGAGCCUGUGCAUGACAGAUUUAUGUACCUACAGCAGUAGUGUUUGGGCUUUCGAAACUUGUCAUGCACACGGCGCCACAAGGCAGUAAAUGGAUUACGGAUUUUGCAUGACAAAGGAGGGGGAGGAGGAGUUGUGCACUGUCAUAAUACCUGCGCCGCGUUCAAAAACGAGCUGCCCCAUGUUUUGGGCGACAUCGUCGAGGCAAACCGGAUAUCCUGUGCAAAAGUAUCUGAUACUCGUAUUGCAAGCAUGCAUUACAAAUUUUUUCCUUAGUGUAAAUCAGCAUCACAAAUUUUAUUUCUUAUGCUGAGGAAAUUUGUUUUUGAUUUUGUAAUGCAUUUAUACGAGUGCUGCGAUGCGUUUGCAAUGCAUACAGGAAGGGCGGCGGUCGCGGGAUCCACAUGCCCGAGAUUCUGGAGCACUACACGCAGGGAUAUGGAUUGCAAAUAUGUCUGGGUCUGGAAGAUUCUAAACUUGUAAUGCUGUAUCUGGAUUCUGAAAAAAUUUGUAUUGCAUGUCCAGCAAGAGGACUCCAGUUUGUGCUAGUAGUCGGAGAGGGCGUUUGUCAUGCGGAAGAGGCAUCACAAAGUCCUCUAAAUAUCUGUGAUGCUAGGGCAUGCAUCACAGACAUCAUGGGUCAUUCACAAAAUGCAUGACAAACCUGGUAAUCUUCCAGGCCCAGACAUUUUUGCAAUUCAUAAGGGAUCGCAGGACACGUUUCACGCGUUGCACGAAUUGGAUCCGUUUGACAACAUGGGCGACUAUCCAUUGCAAAAGUUCUUUGUGAGUAACAUAUUGCAUUGGAAGCAUUUCUUGGGAGGAAUCGCAAGACAAAGACUCUUUUCAUAGCCUAACUCAGCAUUUUUAGUUACAAACCGUAGCUAGUGUUGUAAUUUUUAUCAGCAAGUGUAGCAGCACCUUGAGCUCGAAAUCAUUUGUCAUGCGCUUUAUUUCGCAUUCGUAGAUCUAGAUCUACAACUACUACAUGCAACGCGUCACAGCAUAGCUUUUGCAAUGGAUAGUCUCAACGAGUGGCUUAUGCCAGAGGACCAUGAGAAUUACUACCCCGGCCGGUACAGCUGGAAGAAACGCGAGCACGAAAAAAAAUUGCGUGAGGAGCACGAUUAGGGAAAGAAGUGCAAAGGGUGCUGCUCUUUUAGUCUGCAUUCGGUGAAUUUUUAAACAAAAUUUUGUAUUUUAGGGCGGGUAGGAAUAUGUGAAAAGAUCUUUGUCUUGCGCAGUCGUACAAAUAAAAUACGUCGCUAGUAUCGCAAAGAAGAACUUUUGCACUGUGGAUACUCCAAAGCACGUAGCGAGCGGCAACAAGAAACACGAUUUUCACCAUCACGGCGAGGCGAACUACAAGCUAGAAUUGCGGGAAGAACUCGGCAUGCACGAGCACGCCAACGCCGAGCUGCGAACCCGGCAGAAGCAGGGCUCGGACGCCCCGACGAAAAAUCCGCACUACUGGGGCAUCAAGGAGGACAUGCACCAGCACCCGGAACGAAAAAUUUGGGUGGAGUCUUUACUACCGAAAGCGUCGAAGUUACCCGGCUUCAUGCAGCGGAAAGUGAAGGACAAGCGGCGGAUAUCCAAGAAAAAAACUGUGUGAGUGCAGCUGUCUUGGAGUGACAGCUGCAUGACAAAUUUGCUCUACAUGACAGAGAAAACCUGUAAUGCGCAGCAUGUAUGUGAAAACACAUACGAAAACAGGAGCUGAUGGCUGGCCAGCAUGACAGCUGUAACUGUGUUCUGUGUUUUGCAUCACAGAUUUACACUCACAUAGCUUUUUUCUUUGCAUGGCGAAACCUGUCUACCAGUCCCGAAUUCUGGUUCGCCUCCGUGAAAGAUUCCGGGGCGAAAGCACAUUUGGAUGGGCACAAGCAGUCCACCAUCUCCAUCCAGCUUUCCGGGUCCAAAAUCUGGCGGUUCCAGGAAAUCGACGAGCGGAUCGGGGACCCGACCGUGGACAAGAAGUUCGGAAACGGCGGAGUUUCCUACCUGUACGCGUACGAGGACGGGGCUUGCUACGAAAACAAUCCCACGGUCUGCACAACCCACACCUCGCAACUGUCGGAGGAAGAGAAGAAGAAUUCGAAGUGGCGGACGAUCAAGCUCAACCAGUUCGACGCGGCUUUCUUCGCCCCGGGGAUCGUGCACGAAACGAAAAACGUGCUGACCGACGAGCACCAACUGGCGAAAGAGCGCGGCGACGAAUUUGCCGUGAACAUCACCGCCCCGUGCGCCGCGUCACUCACCUACCAGAUGGAACCGCCGCCGGCCACGGGGCACUUCCGCAGGCACUGGGCCCGGAUCCGCAUGACGAUGGAUGUGACGGACUCAUGGCAUCGGCUGCAGCAUAUGCACUGCACAAUUAGAAUUACCGUACUAGUAAAAAUCGCAUUACAAAUUCGGUCAGCAUGAAAAAUGGAAUUUGUCAUGCUGAUUUACCUUCACAGUUAGAUUUGUAAUGCAUAAAACGCAAUGGCAAUUAGUACGAUACUUUUGCAAUGCAUACAGCACUGGGCGAUGAUGUUCAACGCGCGGACGGAGUUUUUUCAUUGGAUGGACCAACAGGACAAGCUGGUGAAAAAACGCAACGAAAAAACCGGGAAAAACGAAACCUGGAAAAUCGACAUGCAGACCCUGAAAGACGCGGUUCUGUACGGGACCAACACGAGUCAAGCAACGGAUGAGAUGGAAAUCACCGAUGGCACAGAAGAUGAGGAAACUUCGUUCGAAGUGGACGCGAAGAAGGUGCACAAGCGCAAGAAAACGGUGACCCACCACAAGAAGAAUCUCGUCGCGUUUGGAAAAAACCAGUACACCAUGGCGAUCAACGCUUUUGAGUUUCACGACUACAAUCCGAAGGACGGGUAUCUGUCAACGGACGAGAUCAAACAGACGAUGGAAGAAUUCAAGCAGAUCGAGCGGCGCGCGUUUGUAUCCCAUGUAAAAGCUGCUGCGUCGUAGAACAACCUGUAGUUCUUGGUAAAGCCGCAUGACAAAUUCCAUAUCUCGUCACGCAGAGAAAAUUUGUAAUGCGAUUACUACGUACUAGUUGUUUACCUAUGAUGCGCUUUUGCAAUGUCGAUAGCCUGCGUAUGAGGAUGACUUGGAGGAGAUCAUCGGGAUGGAUUUGCUUUCCAAAAUGCCGUAUCAAAUGCAAACAUGCCCGGGUCUGGAAGAGUGCAGAUUUUUGUCAUGCUGUUUCUGCAUGACACAGAAUGUCUGUCAUGGAAGCCCUAGUAGCAUCACAGAUUUUUUCGAGAAGGUUCCGCAUUGAUGCCUGAUCCGCAUGCCAAAUCCCCCAUUUUGGUGACAGGAAGCGGGCAUCUUUUGCUGCCUCUGCAUGACGAGAGAUUUGUGUGUGUUGUGAAAUGCGCAUCACAAGUUCGCAUCCUUCCAGACAUCCAGGAAUAUUUGCACUGCAUAUCCCGCACUACCGGGACCUGAAGCUGGAGUUGCUCGGGAAGCGGAAGUGGAAGAAAAACCGGGAGGGGCAGAACAACAAACGACUGCGCAAGAUCGCGAAGAAGGUCAAGCUAUGCAUUGCAAACAUGUCUGGGUCUGGAACACAGCAAGUUGUCAUGCUAAGUCUGCAUCGUAGAAAAAUCUGUGUUGCAUGAUUGCCAAAAGUUGUCCACUUUUGACCAAGUUGGAGCCGAGUUUCUCAUCCAGGAUAGGCGUGAUAGACAUUUCGCAGGGUCUGUCAUGCUUGUUCUUGCAUUCCAGACCUCAUGGGCCAUGGAAAAUCUGCAUGACAAGUCCUGCCAUGUUCCAGACCCAGAAAUUUUUGUAGUGGAUACAGGCAGCGCCUGCGCAAGGCGGUUUACGAGGACCCGCAGCUGAUGGAGGGGCACGUGGUAUCCCGUGUAAAAACGUCCCCACCUCCCCAUAGUUGUCAUGCAAUUCUGCAUGCCAAAAAAGUUUCUCAUGCGGAGCCCUAUGAGAAGCAUUCUCUAUUCGUGUUUUGGAAUUUGUGAUGCAAGAAUCAGCAUGCUGCGCUAGAUCUGUCAUGCUUCUGAACUAGCUCAACAGGAUUACACUACGAGAACAAGCUUGUCAUGCCAAACAGCCAAGGCUGGUUGAUUUGUCUAGCAAAUUUCCCAGUGAGCCUCUGGUGUAGGGACGUUUUUAAUCAGGAUACGUGGCACAUGUGGACCUGAUCGACAUCCGUACCGCAAUCAGCCGCCGCAACUACCCGGGAAUUUGGGUCUACCCGCGAGUAUGGCGAUGGAGAGAAUCUUCGUUUUUGAUGAGACCACACAGGAGUAGCUGCGUGAAGAGCAUUUUAUUUUUGGGAGAGCUUGGGCUUGUCAAGAUUCUAGGUGGCCUCUGCAUGAUGUUGACAAGUUCUGAGCUGGUCUGUGCGUGUUGACAAGUUCUGAGCUGGAUUCUGGGCACGACUACUUCUGUAAAUAUAAUUUCUCAUACGAAGUUCUUUCUCUUGCAUAGCAGUUUCCCAAGGACCACUACCAUGCCGACCACUACAAGGGCCACAACGCUGGGCACGAUGCGAAUGACGAGCUGUAAGCAAAGGAGGGGAGUCAGUACAUGGGCGUACUAGUGGGUGGUAUGGUGAUGCAUCACAAGAAAAUCGAUCUGUAUCUGCAAUCACGCAGGUUUUCGCUCUGCAAAUUUUUCGAAGUUAGUGUUUUUUUUUUUGAAGACAUUGAAUGCCGCAUGUUGAUCCUUCGGGUUUCAGAUUGUCAUGAUGCGUGUAAAGCUAAGCUUAAACAAUUAAUGUCCAAGGCUUAGCGAAGAACGAUGGAAGCUCCAGCAGAAUAUCAUGGUUGUAUACCCUGGUAGAUUUCGAAGAAACGAGGAAGAAGAGAAAGAUUCAGUUUACGACGUUCACAUCGAUUUGAUUUUUGCAACUUUUUU